AUGGUGAUAAGAUCAGAUCGCCUACCGAUUGGGGGCCCGCAUGCGCUGCAUCUGACGGUUGGCCGUCACGGCCUUGACACGGAUCGUCUACCCACAUCACACACGUGCUUCAACUUCUUGCUGCUCCCAGACUAUAGCAGUCAAGAGAAAAUGCAGAGGCUGCUGCUCAUUGCCAUCCAAAACUGCCGUGGGUUCGGCCUCAGGUAG